AAUACACGCACGCAGCCGCUACGGACUAACGGCAGCGACCGCGAGCAGCACCGGAGCUACUUCACCUGUCACACACACCGAUUCUGCCUCCACCGGGGGACAAAUAAGCCUGAAAUAACACCUCGAAACUACGGGGGAAGCGAGGGUCACCGAAGGACAGUAGACGACCGUCGCUCGGUGAAAAGCAGCUGGAAAACACCGCCGGCUACCUUUGUUACCGACUCCGCGUUACGUAGUGUUAGCUCGGUGGCUAACUGCGCUAGCCCGAGAAGAAAGGCCGUGUCGAGUUGAGUCGAUCAUUUGAAGGAUAAAUUCUGGCACAUUGUAGUUGCCCCUCGCUGCUUGGAUUGUGAAAUCUUUAAGAACAAAGAGGAGAUCGACAGGAUGGCCCUGAAAAGGAUCCACAAGGAGCUUAACGACCUGGCUCGCGACCCUCCGGCACAGUGCUCGGCCGGCCCCGUGGGCGAUGACAUGUUUCACUGGCAAGCCACAAUCAUGGGACCUAGUGACAGUCCAUAUCAGGGAGGUGUUUUCUUCUUGACAAUUCAUUUUCCAACAGACUACCCCUUCAAACCACCCAAGGUUGCAUUUACAACAAGAAUUUACCACCCAAAUAUUAACAGUAACGGCAGUAUCUGCCUGGAUAUUCUCAGAUCACAGUGGUCUCCUGCACUUACUAUUUCUAAAGUUCUUCUCUCCAUUUGCUCACUCCUAUGUGACCCAAACCCUGACGAUCCACUGGUGCCAGAGAUCGCACGAAUCUACAAAACAGAUAGCCCGAGAUACACCAAAACGGCAAAAGACUGGACAAACAAAUACGCAAUGUGAUGACUCCAUUUGGAAAACUGGUGGAAAAUGUUGUUGCUGGUUCAAACAAAAAGAAAUCCGGGAUUCAGUUUUUCACUUUUUUCCUUAUUUUUUCUUUCUGUUUUUUUAAUAAUCAGAGCAUUUUACCUCCCUCUUUAUGUUUUUGUCCACCUUGCGCUCACAAGAAGAUAGUGUUUUCUCUCUCUAGGACACGUGCCAGUUUGUGUGAAGUUUUGACUUCGUUUGUACGGAGUUUAAAAAAUAAAUAAAAUAAAUCACCGUGGUUCUGAACACUUGAGCAUGCACCAGUAAGAGUGGCUGAUGUUUAGUCAAUAACUCUGCACACACACGCUAGAAUCGACGCCACUGGUCUCCGGUAUCGACCCGUGACGGUCCAGUUGGAUCUCGUGUCGUUGAUAUUAAUGUACGCUGGAUUUCAGAGCACUUAUAGAGAAGCCUGUCUUUUUGCCAGACCUGUAAAUUCUAAAAUUAAAAAAAAAAAAAAAAGAAAAUUGGUAUAAUGCUGAAUUUUAUUUGUAAAAUCUAAAAUGGCAAUUAUGUUGAAAGAUUUGGGAAACUGGUUAGUGGCUCCUGGACUGGUGCGACGUCAGUUUGUUCCUCCGAUCUUUAGUGUAGUAAUCUAUUACCUGAGGAAAAGAAGUGUAUCUUAUUCCACAUCCAGAGUGUGUGUACAGAGAAGCACAGCGGUAUAUAUCAAUGUUAACGAGACAAAAUAUAAUGAACUUCAAUGUUGUAUUUUAUGCAUGUUAAUAAAAGGUAGGCUAUUAUAUCUGAUAUGUUUCUGCAAAUUAAGUGAAUUGUGCGACUGAAGAGUUGGAAAAAAAAACGUGAUUUCCCCCUUAAAGGCUUUCUAUUUUCCUUUUUAUUAUUAUUAUUAUUAUUUUUGUCAUUAUUUAGAAGCCAGUAGAUGAGCUGUUAGUUUGAAGCCCACUCGAACACUGUCUUCUUGUAGCCCUGAAAUAUCGAUGCAAAGCUGAUGGUUGAUAAUCAAUUUGUGGCUCUGUUUCUUUUUAGUUCUCCCUUCAAUAAAGUUACAUAAACCAUAAA